AUGUCCUUUGGACUACCACCAGUAUCGAUAGGUCUCAAGUCCAUAGCGCCAUACCUCCAACGCGCUGAAGAACUGGUCAAUAAAGAACCAGUUGUGGCAUACUGGUGCGCGUACUAUGCAGCCCAGCUUGGUAUCAAUUUGAAAGCGAAGGAUACUGCAUCGCGCACGCUGCUCCUAAAUCUCCUGAACGCACUUGAGCGCCUGAAAGCUCAGAUUGGCCCUAACGACGCUAUACAUAUCGAGGCUGCAAGUGCAGCAUACGUCGAGAACUUUGCCCUAAGGGUCUUCAGCAUGGCCGACGAUGAAGACCGCGAAGGUCAUGCAACAAGAUCAACUGCGAAAAAAUUUCUCGCUGCAGCAAAUUUCUUCGAGGUCUUGAAAGUGUUUCCAAAGACAGAGAUCUCCGAUGCUAUAGAUGACAAGAUCAAAUAUUCUAAGUGGAAGGCAGCUGAUAUCGCAAAGGCAUAUCGUGAGGGUAGGAAGCCCACACCAGGUCCUGCUGGGUCGCAGUUUGACCUAGAACCCCUCCCUGCUACCUCCGGCGCUUCUGAGCUACCCUCGGGAGCUGAAGAAUCCCAAACCUCCCCUCCAGUGACGAGCCAAUCCCCCAUAUCACCUCAAACUUCGCAUAAGCGGCAGUCUCCGAAGAUGAGUCCCGAUGAUAUCGCUCGUGCCAAUCUCUCCCUUCGUCAUGAUGAUGAUAUGCUGAGCCCUGGCCGGUGGAGUACAACAGCGACUCCAGGAUUCGACCUUGCUCAGGAUAGCAGCAGUGUCAGUUUAGAUCAGGCAAACAACUGGCAUGAAGCCCCUCUCGAGGGCAGAGGGAGUCAACUCCAUCAGGCUUGGGUUAGCACCGACAUGGAGGGUGCAACUAGCGAUGAAGAGCCAGUCCGAGAUCCAGUCCUUAACGAUUCAUCACUCAGUCAGGUUCUAUUCUCUCCAUCUGCUGAUAAGUCCCGGUCGACCCUAUCCUCAUCUCCACCCAAGGAACGGCCUCUUAUAUACACACCGAUAACCAGAGAGCAUGUGCCACCCAUUCCUCCGCAUCCCGCCAUCCCCCCGUCAUCCUCUCCACCGAGAGACUCAAAAUCGCAAGCCCGUGCUCGCGGUCCUUCUGUUUCGUCUCAAGAACGCAUUGAACUUCCACCUGGAUUUGUACCAUCUAGUCCUGCACCUAUGAUCCCUAUCAUUCCUCCUCCACCAAUGGCCACCAUAUUUGUACCUCAUUCCCCUCGCAUGGCGCCAUCGCCUCCAGGUCCCGCUCCAGUCGCUGCCUCUUCGCCACCGAGAGAUUUCGAGCUUACGCCCACCAUCAUUGCCAAAGCGCAGAAGCACUGUCGUUUUGCUAUUUCCUCGCUCGAUUACGAGGAUGCUGAGCAAGCGAGAAAGGAGCUUAAGGCUGCGCUGGCUCUCCUCGGAGAUUGA